CGAACGUUCGUUAUAUGCGAUGCUGAGGAAGAUAUAUGCUGUAUGCUGAAGCGCGAGUAUUAUAUCAACUACUAUUUCUGACACGUUUCUUUAGUAACUUGUGGAAAGGCGCUGCAUAGGCAAGCACGAUGGGCGGCCCUAGCGGCCAAAAGAAUAAGUCCCACAAGGCGGGGCGCCGUGCCGGCCUCAGCGCGCGCGAGCGGGCCCGGCGUGGCAAGGAGGUUGCGGCGGCCCCGCGCGCCAACCCGCGCGCCUCCACCCACGAUGGGAAGCUGCAGCGGCACCUGGCGGCCAGGCAGAGCCGGGAGGCCAAGCGUCAGGAGCUGCUGGAGAAGAAGCGGCGAGUGGCUGCACCCGUGGUGGUGGGGGUGCUGCCCCUGUCAGAGGAGGUGGACGUCUCGCGCUUCUGGCACGGCCUCCGUCAUGCAUGCGAGCACGGCAACCUAGGCGCCGCAGCCUCCGCCGCCGGUACCUCCGCCGCUGACGAUGCCGCCGCCGCCGUCGGCGCCGCAGCCGAAGCUGACAUGGAGCUGGACCUGCUGAUGUCAGCGGGGCCGCUACAACCGACUACCGUACACGUGGCGACGAGGGGUCGUGUACGACUGACGCUACUGCCGCCGCCGGCUGUACGGAACGACCCACUCGCGAUCGCCGAUCUGGGUCGCUGCGUGGAGGUGCUGCUGCUGCUACUGCCGGGCGGGUCCGCCACUGCAGCCACUGGCAGUGGCAGCAACAACGCCAGCAGCGAAGUGGACGCGGCGGGGCAGUCGGCGCUGGCGGUGCUGCGGGCGAUGGGAAUGCCGUCAGUGGUGUGCUGCGUCGUCGGCGCCGGAGGCGCCGCCGCCGGCAGUAGCAGCGGCGGCGCCGCCGCCGCUGCAUCCAUGAAGGACCGCUCCGCCGCUCGAAAGCGUGCGGAGAAAGCCCUGGCGAGCCAUUUAGCGGGGGAACACCGAGUGUUGCAUGGCGACACGGCGACGGAUCUGGCGGCGCUCGCUCGACACUUGGCGGAGCAUCCGCCGGCGGCACCGCCGCUGUGGCGAAAGCAGCGACCCGCCGUCAUGGUUGAGCGAGUGGAAUACGAACUGUCGCCUGAGCAACAGCCGGCGGCGGAGGCGGGGCCGUCUUCGUCGGCGACAGCGGGGGACAGCGGGACGUUGGUGGUGUAUGGAUACGUUCGUAGUGCGGGUCUCAGUGCAAAUCAGUUGGUGACGAUUCCGGGCGCUGGGGACUUCCGCAUUCUGUCGAUCCAUGCGCCGACGGAUCCCAAUGCGAUCGGCAGCGGCCGAGCCGCCGCCGGCGCGGGCACGGGCGGUAUGGAAGUUGAGGAGACGGCGGCGGCUGCAGCCGCACUCGGCCCAAUGCUUGCUAAAUGCGAUCCGGAGGAGGCGGAUCAGCUAGUUCGUGAGAACGUUCCGGAGCCAGGGGAAGAGGAACAAACGUGGCCGACGGAGGAGGAGAUGGCGGCGGCGACGGCGCCUCGAACACGGCGACGGAAGGUUCCGGAGGGGACCUCGGAGUACCAGGCUGCAUGGAUCCUAGACGACGAGGACUACGGAGAUGAGGAUGAGGAUGAGGAAGAUGAGGAUGAGGAGGAUGGGGAUCCAUUCGGGGGCAUGAUGGAGGAGGAUGGCGGGGAGCAGCAGGAAGGGGGGCACGGGAAAAGCGGGAAAGGCGGGAGAACAAGACGAGGCGGCGGAGGAAGCGGCAUGGAAGCUGACGACGAUGGUGACGCGCCGGAGUUGCAGCCCAUUGAUGACGAAGACGAGGAGGACGAGGACGGCGAGGAGGGGGCGGGCUAUGCAGCCAUGGAGGAGGAGGAGGGGGGCGACGGCGCGUAUGCUGCAGC